CUAUUUAAGUAAAGAUUAAGUCAAAACCUUCCCUACUAUCUCGCCUUCUUUAACUCCAUCCUAUCCCUACUUUCUCUCUACGUAUCUCCUCUUUUCGAUUUUCUCUAUCUUCUUCUUUUCUUUCUUCUAUAUAUUCUACCAAAAACAAAUAAACCCAAAAGACUAUUGUUUUUUUUAAUUGAAGUCAUCUUUCAUGGCCCAAGAUAUUGAAAACAUCAUAUAUGAAGAGGAAUUCAUCUUGAAUCCUCGGGGAUUGAAGCUUUUCACGUGUCGAUGGCUGCCGGUGAAUCAAGAGCCAAAAGCUCUAAUCUUUAUAUGCCAUGGAUACGCCAUGGAGUGCAGCAUCUCAAUGAAAGAUACAGGAAUUCGACUUGCGAAAGCAGGAUUCGCCGUCUAUGGUAUUGACUAUGUGGGCCAUGGCAAAUCAUCUGGCUUGCAAGGUUACAUCCCAUGUUUUGAUGAGCUUGUUGAUGACUGCUCGGAUUAUUUCACAAGCAUAUGUGAAAAGAAGGAGAAUAAGAAGAAGCUGAGAUUUCUACUGGGAGAAUCUAUGGGAGGUGCAGUUGUUCUUCUAUUACACUGGAAAAAGCCAAGCUAUUGGGAUGGUGCUGUUUUGGUUGCUCCCAUGUGCAAGAUUGCUGAAGAAAUGAGGCCACAUCCGGUUGUUUUGAACAUUUUAAGCAAGCUUUGUAAGAUCAUUCCUACAUGGAAGAUAAUACCAACCCAAGAUAUCGUUGAUAUUGCUAUAAAGAGCCCUGAGAGGAGGGAGGAGGUUCGUUCCAAUCCAUAUUGCUACAAGGGAAAGCCUCGAUUGAAAACAGGCAAUGAACUUCUCUUGGUCAGCUUAGAAAUAGAAAAGAAGCUGGAUCAGGUAUCUCUACCGUUCAUCAUCGUUCAUGGAGAGGCCGACAUCGUAACAGACCCAUCUGUCAGCAAAUUGCUUUACGAAUCGGCGUCCAGCACCGUUAAAACGCUAAAGUUGUAUCCCGGCAUGUGGCAUGCUCUCACUUCGGGUGAGCCGCUUGAAAGCAUCAAUCUUGUUUUCUCUGACAUUGUAGCUUGGUUGGAUGAAAGGACAGCCGCAGGAAAUCCGAGAUCGGAGAGGGAGAGGAAAGCAGAGCAUGAUGCUCAGUUAGUGGGUGUACAUAACGAGAAGACGAUUGCUUAGUAAUGUUACAUUUUCAACGGUGGAGAUGAAUGAUGAGGACCAGAAAAGUGGGACAUAUGUGAUAUAGGUUCUAAAUAAGAUCCUUGGGCAUAGCUUGGUAUGGAUGGUCCAUCUGAUGGAAAUAGCCACUGUUAAUGUUGUAAUUCCUCGUAAACUGAUGCAAGCUUAUUUCAUGAUAAGUUUGUUUUGUUAAAGUUAUUAGGCGGCUGAGAUCAUUCAAAGGUCACCUAUGCAGCCUAGUAGUGAAAAUUGCAGGAAUUCGAUUUUA